GGAGCGCCUCUGAUGCACGGUGAGCCUGCUGGUCGCGGGUUAGCGAGGCGAACAGGACAGGGAGCCUUGGCUGAAUGGUUUGGGGAGGGAGGAGUGGAUUUAGCAGCUGUGGCUUCCGAGGACCCCACCUAGACCAGUCGUAGCAGGGCUGUGGGGAGGAGCUUCCCGUCCCCGCCCAGCCCCAGCUGGUGGAGGCGCUGGCUCCCUGGAAAGCCUUUUCUUCCACUUGGGGCUUUAACAAAUGAAAGCUGGAAGAACAGAUGUUCUGGAAGUUCUUUCGCGUUCCAGAAUAGUUUUUUUUGUGCGCUCCCCAAGCCAAGCCGUCUAUCAGUCUGACCGUGGCCGCCUUUUUUUCCUUUCUCCGAACUGGAGGUCCGAACGCAAGGCUCAUUGAUGGGAAUACGCCCAAGGGGUUGGAAACCUAUGGGAAGCCGAACCUCAUUAGAAGUCUUGGGUAGAAUCCAAUCCAAGGGAAGAAAUAGCCCCCUCGGGCUUUGUUCGGGCUAGAACACACACACACAAUAGGGAUCUGCUCAGGUUUAGAAAAACAUUCUUAAAAAACCAUGUAUAAAUAAGAGUGUCAAGACAAAGUUUAUUUGGGCCAGGCGCGGUGGCUAACGCCUGUAAUCCCAGCACUUCGGGAGGCCGAGGCGGGCGGAUCACUUGAGGUCAGGAGUUCGAGACCAGCCUGGCCAAACCCUGUCCCCACUAAAAAUACAAAAAUUAGCUGGGUGUGGUGGCGCGCUCCUGUAAUUCUAGCUACUCAGGAGGCUGAGGCAGGAGAAUCGCUUGAACCCACCAGGCGGAGGUUGCAGUGAGCCGAGAUCACGCCACUGCACUCCAGCCUGGGCGACAGAGCGACACUUGGUCUCAAAAAAAAAACGAAAAACAAAAAAAAAAACGUUGAUUUGAUGGGUGAGGUACUUGGAAACCCACGAAAUCUAAGAAACAGUUGAGCUGUGGAGAGGAAAAGAGUUAAGAGGCAAGACAAUUGUUUUCAAGUGUUGGAAGGCUGCUAUGGAGAAAGUUUAACGUGUGGCCCUAAAGAACUGGAAACCCAAAGGAACCAAUAUUCCUGCCCCACAGAGUCCCAUCUUUAGUGAGGCUGUUCUGGAGUUUAUAUGAUGACCAAGGUACUAGGCAUGGCCCCAGUUCUGGGUCCUCGGCCUCCACAGGAGCAGGUGGGGCCUCUGAUGGUAAAAGUCGAGGAGAAAGAAGAGAAAGGCAAAUACCUUCCUAGCCUGGAGAUGUUCCGCCAGCGCUUCAGGCAGUUUGGGUACCAUGAUACCCCUGGACCCCGAGAGGCCCUGAGCCAACUCCGGGUGCUCUGCUGUGAGUGGCUGAGGCCUGAGAUCCACACCAAGGAGCAGAUCCUGGAGCUACUGGUGCUGGAGCAGUUCCUGACCAUCCUGCCCCAGGAGCUCCAGGCCUGGGUGCAGGAGCAUUGCCCGGAGAGCGCUGAAGAGGCUGUCACUCUCCUCGAAGAUCUGGAGCGGGAACUGGAUGAGCCAGGACACCAGGUCUCAACUCCUCCAAAUGAACAGAAACCAGUGUGGGAGAAGAUAUCCUCUUCGGGAACUGCAAAGGAAUCCCCGAGCAGUGUGCAGCCACAGCCCUUGGAGACCAGUCACAAAUACGAGUCUUGGGGGCCCCUGUACAUCCAAGAGUCUGGUGAGGAGCAGGCUUUCGCUCAAGAUCCGAGAAAGGUCCGAGAUUGCAGAUUGAGUACCCAGCACGAGGAAUCAGCAGAUGAGCAGAAAGCUUCUGAAGCAGAGGGGCUCAAAGGGGAUAUAAUUUCUGUGAUUAUCGCCAAUAAACCUGAGGCCAGGUUAGAGAGGCAGUGCGUAAACCUUGAAAAUGAAAAAGGAACAAAACCCCCUCUUCAAGAGUCAGGCUCCAAGAAAGGUAGAGAAUCAGUUCCUACUAAACCGACCCCAGGAGAGAGACGUUAUAUAUGUGCUGAAUGUGGCAAAGCCUUUAGUAAUAGCUCAAAUCUCACCAAACACAGGAGAACACACACUGGGGAGAAACCUUACGUGUGCACCAAGUGUGGGAAAGCUUUCAGCCACAGCUCAAACCUCACCCUCCACUACAGAACACACUUGGUGGACCGGCCCUAUGACUGUAAGUGUGGAAAAGCUUUUGGGCAGAGCUCAGACCUUCUUAAGCAUCAGAGAAUGCACACAGAAGAGGCGCCAUAUCAGUGCAAAGAUUGUGGCAAGGCUUUCAGCGGGAAAGGCAGCCUCAUUCGUCACUAUCGGAUCCACACUGGGGAGAAGCCUUAUCAGUGUAACGAAUGUGGGAAGAGCUUCAGUCAGCACGCGGGCCUGAGCUCCCACCAGAGACUCCACACUGGAGAGAAGCCAUAUAAGUGUAAGGAGUGUGGGAAAGCCUUCAACCACAGCUCCAACUUCAAUAAACACCACAGAAUCCACACCGGGGAAAAGCCCUACUGGUGUCAUCACUGUGGAAAGACCUUCUGUAGCAAGUCCAAUCUUUCCAAACAUCAGCGAGUCCACACUGGAGAGGGAGAAGCACCGUAACUUUCAAGCACUCCUGUUGUUGUCGUUGUUUUAAACGUUAGAAUCUGAAUACCAGGAAGAAGUCUUGUCAUUGCAGCAGUAUCGAUUCCGAUGACAGAGUUUGUAUCACUCAACAUCAGGGGAUGCCUGAGGAGUGCGAGCUCCACAGCAACACGGCAGGCAGGAGGUCCUCAGAAGGUGUCAGGAGGUUCCACACUCGCCAGUUCACUGGAGCAGAGUCCCUUCCCCACACUUAGGGUCCCAGUAAGCCAUGCCAGCAUUACCUUUUGCGUAGUUAAACUGACGUGUGUCCAGUCUAGUUAAGGAAGAAACAUUAAGACUUUAAUUUUUAACAUAUAUUCAAGAAUUCUAAUUUGUAAAGAAUUGAGCCACACUGAACACAAUUGAAUGAGAUUCAGAAUAAACUUAUAAUAUCUUGUAA